AUGGGAGACUCUCAAGCAACAGACAAAUCAGCCCUGGAGGCUGCAUUGCAGCAGAAAUAUAUUGAGCUCCUUGAGAAGAGAAUUGGCCAACUCGAAGCAGUAGUCAGUGCUGCUGAACAGAAAGAAAAAGCAAAAGACGAGGAGGGGAAGAAGAAAGACACCAAUAAGAAGGAAGACCCAACGACAGGAGGGCGAUAUCUGAACGCCACGCGAGAAUGGGAUAACUCUAGCGCCUCGUACAAGGACGAUAUUGUAGCCGAAAGCUCAUUCAAGAAGUCACAGCCCAAGAAUGUUGCUUAUAUCUUCCGUCGCGUUAUCUAUGAUACUGCUCUCAGCGAGAAACGAGCCUACAGCGAGCUUGAGAUCGAAGACCUGAAACUCAUUGAGCUGCUCAAGAGCGUGAUUGACAACAAAUACCCAGGUGUCAACUUCGAUGGAAAUAGAAUUCACAAUUGGGACAAACUGAAGGAGAGGGCCGAACAAGAUCCCGAUGCACAGGAAUGCAAAGAUCUUAGGCACCUUCUCGGCCGUAUUGAGGCAGCCGAAGAGCUCGAAGAUUACUUUAAGACGAGAGACGCAAAUAGCGCCGCGAAGGUCACAACAUUCGAGACGCUAUGGACAGUAUUCGCACCGAAGACGAAGAUUGUUGUAAAAUCGUUCAUGGGAAUACCUCAGCUGCUUCAAGUUUCAAGCUCGCCCGUACCAUACGUUCGAUCCAACAUCAAAAACAUUCUCAACUUUUACAUGAGGGCAUGGUGUUGGGAUUGGAACGGCAAACGCAUGGUCAAGGUUCGGUAUUUCCUGAGAUUCAAACGGUUUCAGGGGACGAAGGAGAUCAGUGAUUUAGACUAUUACCCAGUCGAAUAUCACACCGAGAGCAAAGAGCUUUGCGAUGAGGUUAGGAAGCGGUCGGUCAAAUUCCUCAUGGCAACGAAGUUUGUGAACAAUGCAUCCGAGCGGAUGUUCAAGUAUGAGGGGAAUGCCUACGUCGCCCGUAGGAAGAUUGUGUCCAGCAGUAAGGAGGAUGACGAGGAUGAUAAUGAGGCGAAGGAUGAUAACGACGACGAUGAUGUUAUCAGGUCUAGACUAGUACCUAUCAAAGGCGAAGUCAUCUGCGAUGCCCAAGCCUAUCUUCAAUAUGCUCAUUCGAAACGAUCUCACGCAAUGGGAGAGAUGGAGCACGAGAUAAUCGAAGAACCCGCCACUGAGAUCGAAGAUGUUCUCGCAAAAGUGACCAAGGAAGAUGUGUUAAAUGGAGUGCAUAAUAACAACGACGAACUUCUCAUCCUGCCACCUCGAUUUAUGGGUUAUGCCACGAGAGAAAAGUUAUGGGGUCAGUUCUGUGUGGAUUGGACAUCACCACCGCCUGAGCCGAAUCGCGAGAAGUUUCACAAGAAUCUACAGCUCGACAAAGAGUAUAAGGAUCUUAUCGAUGCUCUUGUCAAAUCACACGAGAGCGGGCAGGCCGGCCAGGUUCAAGACAUGGUGUCCGACAAGGGUAAAGGACUGGUCCUGCUACUUCAUGGACCGCCAGGUGUGGGCAAAACGCUUACCGCCGAGACCAUCGCUGAAGCAACAGGAAAGCCUCUGUUUGUGGUCAGCGUCGCCGAGAUUGGGCUAGAUGCGUCACGAGCUGAGAAGAAUCUAGAGAAGCUUUUCAACUUGGCAACAAAGUGGGAGGCCAUACUACUUGUUGACGAGGCCGACGUCUUUCUGGAAACGCGUGGAUCGACCUCUGAUGCUUCUCGAAAUGCUCUCGUGUCGGUCCUUUUAAGGGUGCUCGAGUACUACAAGGGCAUCAUCAUUCUAACAACCAAUCGAAUCAAGUCCAUAGACGUUGCAGUCAUCUCGCGAAUUCACCUCGCGAUCCGAUACACUGACUUGAGAGACGACCAGAUGAAGUCUAUCUUUAAAUUCUUCCUCGACCAGCUGGAGCCCCAGUGGAUCAAGGAUCGGUCGGCGAUCAACAAGUUCAUCGAUGACACAGGGCACCAUUACGGGCUUAAUGGACGGCAGAUCAGGAAUGUGGUCUCUGCAGCUCUAGCGGCUGCGAGGCGCGAGAAUGAUGAGAAGAUCGGGGAUGGACGACUAACCGAAACGCAUCUGAGGAAGAACGAGGCGAGGGGCUUUGGAGGCUAUAGAUAA